AUGUAUAUCAAGACUACUUCUCUCGCUACUGUAGGCGUGCUUGCCUCGCAGGCUCUGGCUCUGGACAAUGGCUUUGGCCGUACGCCGCCAAUGGGUUUCAAUACCUAUAACCCUGCCGCUUGCACCAUUAAUCAGACUUAUAUUCGCGAUACCAUCAACGCUUUCUCAGACAAAGGCUUCGGCGCUGCUGGCUACAAUAUAUUUGGACUCGAUUGUGGUUGGCAGGGUACUCAGCGACAGGGCAAUGGUUCGAUCACCUAUGAUGCCACAGCUUUCCCUGAUGGUAUUCUCCCGUUGAGCAAACUUGCAAACAGUAAAGGCUUUGUGCGUUACACCAGUCGUAAAAGUGAAAGUAACUUGGCUGACAGAAAAUCCACCAGAAAUNGGGGCAUGUAUACCGACCAAGGUGUGAAAGCCUGCGAUACUGGAGUUGAUCGACCGGGCUCUCUGAACCACGAAAAGCAAGACGCACUACAAUUCGCUGGCUGGAAUGUUGCGUACAUGAAGGUCGACAACUGCUGGAUCACUGCUGAUUCCAACGCACCCAAGGACCCCAGAACAGACUUCCCUUCCCGAUUCGGGGCAUUCUCUACUGCUAUCCAGCAAGUCGGCAUCAAGGGCAUGUUGACCUGCCAAUGGGGCGUCCCGUACUCAAGCCCCAGCGGCCUGCAAGGUCCUGCCGAAUGGACGCCGUCAGUGUCGACUUCAUUCCGCGUCAGCGACGACAUUACUACCGGCUGGGCAAGCAUCUCUCGCAUCUACAACGAGGCAAUCAAUGUCAACUUGAGAGGCUUGAACGGCCCUGGCCACUUCUCCGACAUGGAUCUGCUCGAAGUCGGACAGCCUGGUAUGACUACUGAUGAGCAAGCCACCCACUUUGCCAUCUGGGCCAUGUUCAAGAGCCCCCUGAUGAUCUCGACAAGUAUUGGAAGCAUGUCAAGCUCCACUCAAGCAAUUCUGCAGAACAAGGGCUUGAUUGCAAUCAACCAGGAUACUUUGGGCAAGCCAGUGGUCCUUACCCAGCGUUUCUCUGGUGACAACGAUCAGUUUGCAGGUCCGCUUGCCAAUGGGGAUGUAGCCGUGCUUCUUGUCGACUUGACAAACACCAAGCGCAGCCUGGGCAUCUACUUCUCUGCCCUCAACAUUUCUUCUGCCACCAUCACUGAUCUUUGGACUGGCAAGACGGUGUCGGGCGCCAACAACUACUUCACCACUGUCAAUGGCCAUGGCUCCGUCGCUCUCCGCUUGAGCAACAUCGUCAAAUUCACACCCGCAACACCAUCACUCAAGUACUACGAAGCCGAAGCUGGCAAGCUGGCAGGCAGUGCAGCAAUCGCAACCUGCUCCGGCUGUUCCGGUGGCAAANAAGUCGGCAACAUAGGCAAUGGCGCGGGCAACACUCUCACCUUCAGCGGCAUCCGCACAAGCCAAGCCUCCCCGGACGUCCGCUUCGACUACAUUGACUGCGAGAUUGGGUAUGCCUUCGGCGGAGGCUAUGGCAAUGUCAGAGGAGCANGCAUCAGUGUCAACGGUGGCGCUGCACAAUCUGUCAGCUUCCCGUUGACGGGAUAUAACUGGGAUAAGGAUGUCACCAAGGGUUUCUUGGUGAGAUUGUCUGGGUUCAAGACGGAUGGUGAUAAUACCAUCACCAUCUCUGGGCAGUCGAGUAUCUCGCCGUAUGCUCCGGACUUUGACAGAAUUGGUGUUGUGGCUUGA